AUGGAAGACUCUCAAUUGAUUGAUGAAACCAUCGUCCGGCCAGAAGUAAAAAUUCCCGAUCACACAAAGAACUACAUCAAAUACUUAUCGGAAUGUUCAUUGUCUGAGUUAGAAAGUGAGCUUGGUAAAGUCACUUGCUGGAACUCCAGCAAGACCGAUCUAUACUAUUGGGUCCCUCUACUUAACCGAAUGGAUUCUAUUUUGAAAGAGAAAGUUACCAAGUACAAUUUAGAAGAAGAGUUUGCAAAACCCGUUGAGAUUCAACCUGCCGAUGAGUCUCUACUGGCGGCAAUACUUACUUUUUCUAGUUUGUUGUUUGCUAACUGUUACAAUAACUCCAUAUACGCAUCAACUAAACACGUCUACAAUCUUAUUAAUUGUUGUUCGGUACCCGUUUUAUUGGCUGCGUUACGUCUGUGCGUGGCUCUGGGUGAUGCUACAAUUCAAACCGGUACCAUGAAAUACAAAGAGUCAAAAGUAAUAGACAAGUUUGUAAACAUGUCCAUUGGUUUCCUUCCUCCGACGCCGCCGGUACUUUCGAACAAACCAGUAAGCUUGAAUGCGGGAUCACCUACAGAUCCUGGUUCUGAGGGACAGUUUAAUCUUGCUGAUUGUUGUAAGCUUACUAGCCGUAAGGUUCCAACAAAAUGGAAAAUGCUCGACUUUGAGUACUACAAUUCGGACGAAAAACGUACUAAUGAGAUCGGCCCUAAACGAAAAAAGUCUAAGUUAACACCAACAAAUACACAGUCAUCAUCCGGCAAUGAUGCCUCCUCCUCCAAGCAGAAAUCCGUCAACUUCAGUAGGGAGGGAGUGCAACAUUUAAUAAUCUCAGAAGAAAAUAUGCGAAAAUUCAGUCUUCAACAGAUCUUUGAUAAAUUUUACGACAAAUUACCCAAAGAAUGCUUUUUUGAUUUUGCAUUGGCAGUACAGAUAGCAAAGGCCUUUAACACUGACACAUUCGAAAGCUUGAAAUUGAGACAACAGUUAGUCUCUAUUAAGUGCAUGGCUAUCAGCUACUUGUCUUGUAUGCAAUCAGCAACGGACUUUCUUGAUAGCGUACUUUCAUCUGACUCUACUCUCAUCAACGACUUGUGUGAAUUAAUAGAUCCCUCUUUAGAGACACCAGAUAUCAUUUACGAGUCUGCAGGAAAGGCUUUGGAGUGCAUCUCCUAUAGAAAAGUGUUCUCUUUGGAAAUAUUGAAAGCACUCAAUGGACAUGUCAGUUAUGGCUCUCUGUUCCGUUACAUCAAACAAUACAUCAAGAUGAUGAAAGAUGAUUCUGUGGUAAUCCCGGAGAAUCGUAUCCUUUUGUUUAAUUUGCUACGGAACUUGUUGGCUACGAAACACGUUGCUCAAUCCUUAUCCAAUACAGACAUAUUAACUCUCUUGAUAGACCUAUUAUCUAUCAGAUCUUCGCAUAGAUUUCAUUUAUCUGCGGGAAUAACUGUUUUGUGUCAAUAUAUUGAAGUCAUUCCACGAAGUUUAGACAAGUUUAUUUUGAACAAUGGCUUCCAACUGUUAUUGAAAGCAAUCGAUGAUGAAAUCCAUUAUUCCCUACAAAAUCCUGGAAUUCCCCCCGCCGAUAUAAUUGUGUCGUAUAAUAUCUCAUUUCAUCAAAUGCUUUACCUGAGAGAACUGAUGAUAUUUGUUCUUUCCUUGAUUCAAACUGAUUCUGGAGAUAGAAUGAGAAACCUUUUUGAUUCUAUACUGCUGGAGCAUUUCAACUUGGUAUUGGACAAUCCAAAAACCUUUGGUUCACCUAUUGUUAUAUGUGUUGUGUCGAGUGUAUCCGCCAUUUUACAUACAGAGCCAACUGCUUUUUCUAUUUUGAAUGAGUCUGGAACUAUUGACCGAUUGUUGAAGAGCUAUCCACAGCUCUUCGACUCUUCCAAUGACUUAAUUCAAUCAUUGUUUGAUGUUUUUGGCGCACUUUCUUUAAACAAGGAUGGUUUAAAUAAAGUCGUUGAGUCAAAGUCUAUUGACAUAUUUUUUGAAAUUUUCAGAAACGAUAACUAUUCUUACGAACUUGUGGAAGCAGCACCACAGCUGGCUAACUCUUUAGACCAGCUGACCAGACAUUUUCCAGAGCUGAAGCCUAUUGUUAUGGACAAUAUUAUCCGUUUGAUUGAAGAUAUACCCAACAUUGUGUCAAAAACUUUUCCUCCGACAGAAUUCUUUCAACACCCUAAUGGUUCUUUUUACAAGUCCAAAGAUGAUGUCGUAGUUGAGAAGGAAGAAGGUGUUGAAAAGCUAAAGCCUUUAGAAGCAACCCGAGGUGGUUUAAUGUAUGAAAAUGUUACUUACUUGAUAACUGUUCUUUUGGAACACAACUCCAGGUGGAAAGAUAUCACUAAGAAAAUAACGUUUCAGAAGCUUCUCAAGUUCAUCAUCAUUGAUAAUGCACCAUAUGAUUUCAUUGUUUCUGACUCUUUGUACAGUUUCAUGGGUGUUCUCAAGUAUUACGAUGAUGAAGAUAGGAACUACGGUUUUGUCCCCCUAUUGGACUGUAUUGACGAGUACACUUGGAAACUGCAUGAAUUUACCCAUUAUGAAAAGGAUGACGUCUCAUUUUUCUCUCAAUAUGAAAAAAUGGAGAACGGGAAUAUUAUAGGUGGAAAAGUCAUUGAUAACAUGAAGACUUUGAACGCAUUAUUUUUUCUUUUAACAGACUCAUAUUUUUCUCCUGGUAGCCUUUUUUCGGAACGGAUGGGCCAAGCAUCCAGUUAUUUUACAUCACAGAAGGGGGCUAAACUCUUGAAGGAGUUAGUAUUAUACUUUAGGAGGCUUAUUUUAGAGGAAGUUAUUAUCCAGAGGUUCACUCCAGAUUCUGUUUGUGAGGAUACCACAUUUUUUGCGAAGGUGGAUUUUGCUCCCGUUCAAAUGACUCUUGGUAAGCAGUCAGAUGUAAAAAAGAAGAUAGAUUCUGCUCCUAACACUAAAAGUAAGAAUAUUGCCCAGCUUAGGUUGCAAAUAAACAGAGCCCACACUUGGCUUGGAUUCACGUUUGGCUCAAUUUGCCGUAUAACAAUGCACAAAACGCAAGAUAGGCCAGCGUCCCUUGGGUUCAAGAAUGCUGUCCACAUUUUAUCCGAUUUCACCAUCUACAUCACUGAAUUAUAUGGUAACAUAUCAACUCAAGACAUAUUGAUUGAACGAGCAUAUCAUGGUAUUGUUACCAGUCUGUUGUAUAGGUUGCUUGUCACCAGAUCCAGAACUUUGGAUCUAGCUAUUUUUGCGUUUGCUAUCGUUCUUCUUCAAUCGGACACUUUCCAAAUAUUGAAAAAACUUCUUAUUUCUUGCUCUACCCAGUUAACCACUUUUGAUCCCGAGAAACUAAAAGAAGAAUCAAAGAAUUUUAAGACAGUUUCUAUGAAUAUUGAAAGCUUAACCCUCCAUACUAUUAGGUAUAUUCUGUCCAUUUUUGCGAUAGUUGGAAAUAAGUCAAAUUUGACUUUGAUUCCUGCCGCAAGAGUAUACUACGAGGGUGAUAUAAGCGGCUUUGGAACGCUUCAUAAUGAAUUGGUCCCAUCAUUCCUUACUCAAUUCAGACUGUUUAGCUUGGGUAUGCUUCUUGAAGUACUGAGCCCCCUGGAUGAUGGCAUUGACCUGCUUUCUUUUGACAAGGUGGUUCGGAGUUUUCCGCCCGUAAUUGUUGAACUAUUCAUCACGAUUAGUAAAAAUGCUUAUUCGCAUCUAGGUGAAAACUCGUCGACGGUUCCGAAUGGGUUACUCUAUCCAUUGGUUUGGCAAAAUGUUCAUCCUACAAACUCUCGAGUUGAUUAUUUGGUCAGCUUGGGCCUUGAUAGAAGCGAUGCCUUAGAAUUUUUGAAAUCCACAGGCAACUCUCUGGCACCAAUUUUGAAAGAUGAGGUCCCUUUUUAUCAAGGUGAUCUCUCGCAAGACCGUAUUGAAGAACUAGCGGCUGAGGCUAAGAAUCGACCGUACAUUGUCCCCAAGCUAGAACCUUUGAAGCCACAGUACUCCAAUUUUUCCACGCAUGAUGAGCUAGUGUUUUUGCGCAAAGCUAACGAAUCUGCUUUUGUUGAAAGGUGGUUCAUUUUUGCUGAAUUGUUUCCUGAUUGUGUGGAAAAACUUUCGGAUCUACUGAUUCAUGUCUUUUUGAAGAACCCAGGCACAACCAGUAAUUUUGAGCGAACUAUCCUUAGUACUCUUCUUGCUAUUAUUUUAUCUCUUGAUACGUCAAGCUCAGAAGACGAGGACAAGCUUGCUGGAACUAUAGGGUUAUUCGCUAAUCUAAUCAAGGACUCUGAGGUGUAUGAUCUCGGAACAGAAUCUUUGGAAGGGUUUCUCUCAUUUUGUGCAGAUUCGAUUUCUGCUGAGUUUGUUAAUUGCAGCUGGUUUCCUAAAUUGCUGUUUGCAUUUGAGCAUAUUCUCGUGUUCACUUCUUUUCCUGAACCUGAGAAAUUAGAAGUUGGCAUAGCCGAUAUAGUAGAGGCUCAAAUACCGAAGUUCGCCGAUAGUUACCGGGCUCCGUCAGCUCCCUUGGAUGAAAUUUUUGACACAAUCAUUCAUUGUAAGAAUCUGAAGACUAUGGAGGUCACAAUCGCACUUUCAAGGGUACUUUCGAUAUUUGCAAAAGAUGACCUCAAAGCACGAAAAAUAUUUGAUAGUGGCAUCCUGAAUGAACUGAUUCGUGCAUCCUCUUUGUUUACUGACGACUCAAACUUUCCUAAGCUGCAGAACUAUCUGCUAUUACUGAUGCGAACUUGUAUGGAGACUGGCCCUAUAUUAGAAACGCUGAUGGAUCACUAUCUCCAGAAGAAGUUAUCAGAUUCUAGAACUUUGAGUACGCUUUUGAAAGCAAAUGGAGUAUUAGCUGCUAGAAACCCCCAGAUUUUGGCAGAAUGCAUUGGUUCUUCUGUUAGGCUUUCUAAGUGUGUCGAUCCUUUAGAGAGCUUGUCAAUUGUACCUCUAAAGAAGGGUAACGAAAUCGAAGAUUCAAUAAUGACUGAUGCCACAACCGGUAAGUCCACAGACGAACUAAGUGAAGAACCCGAUUAUAGACAGAAUACUGGACUAGUUCAUACACUAAUCUUAGAGCUAAUGUCUGUUUGCAAGAAUGAUAUAUUUAGCUCUCCUGAAAGUUCUGAGCCCAUUUCCCCGGAUAAUAUUCGAAAAUCAAAGCAAAAACUUUUGAAACUGUUUGAGAAUAAGCAUUUUGGUUAUGCCGUAUUUUUGCUUCAUGCGACUGCCGAGUUGGUUUCUAGUUAUAAGCAAAGCAAACUUGAAUUUUUGACAUUCUCAAGAAAGAAGACUAUUCAAUCCUGUCAAAGACCUCGGCCAACGGCUUUGAAUUUUAUCCUUCAUACUUUAUUGGGCACAGAAAAUUCUGGUGAUUUUGAUGAAUCAGAGACACAGAGAAGAGUUAUUGUUUCAAAUCUUAUUAAAAUGAUAGUAUUUGGGUUUGUUUCCACACCAAUCUCUAAGUUUGAUCCUAAUCUACCUACGAAAGUUGACCCUGACAUGACUUAUGUCAGGCAGUUCACCACUGACGUUUUAUCCAAAGUGUUAACUGAUACUCAUAGCUCUGUCGAGUCACCCAGUACAAGGUACAGAAAGCUGUCAGUCUUUACAGAAUUGCUUCAAAAACUGAUCUCUGAAAAAAGGGAUUUGUGUGGACAUGGUUUGGAUAUCUUGUUCACUAAAUACGAUGCAUAUCAGAUGACUAAAGUAUUGGUGGAAAAGAAUUUUGCCUCACUUUUAACGAGUCUUGUUUCUUCAUUUGAUUUAAACUUCCCUAAUGCUAAUGGUGUGAUGAAGCCUUUGUUGGGGUGCAUUAGUAGUCUUGGCCGUAUCAAACACACUUACAGUGACUUACUAAAGGAUGGGCAAGAUGGUGAGGACACUCACAGUACAGACAGUGAAGAGGAGGAGGACAAUGAUGAAGAUAUGGAUAAUAGAGAUGACACUCCAAAUCUUCUCAGAAAUUCGACUCUUGGAAUGUAUGAUGUUGCCGAUGUUGACAACGAAGAUUACUCCUCUGAGGGGGGUUAUGAAGGUGGUUACGAAGAUCUUAGUGAGGACAAUGAGCACGGCCCCAUAGAGAUUAUAUUCAGCGAUGACGAGGAUGACGAUAUUGAAGAUGAUGAAAAUGACACUUAUCAAGGCUCAUCUGAUAUGGUCAUAGAGGACUUAGAUUCUGCAGAAAUUAUAGAGGAUGAUUCCAAUUCCGAGGGACCCACUGAUGAAGAGUAUGAAAUUGUUAACAAUGGAAAUUUCUUGAUCAACGGAAGAGAGUAUGAAAAUGUUGAAUAUGAUGAAUCCGACGCUCAAAACGAUGCCUCUUUUGAUGAAGAAGUACCUUUUGAUUCGGAGAACCCUUCAUUUGAUGAUGAUGCUGGUGAUGAUACCGAUUACGACGGCUGGUUAAAUAUACUAGGCGCUGAAGAUGGAGAUGAAGACGAAGAAGAUGAAGAUGAAGAUAAUGAACAUGAAGAGCUAAACAGACACCAUAUCGGAUCUCGUAGAGGUAGGCAGAUUGUUGAAAUCGAUCGACUUGGCGAGGAAGAUCCAGAUUUAUUUGCUUCUGGAAACAUGGAAAGUAGUAGACUUCGAUCAAUGAUCGAGCAUUUGUUCGAAGCAGAUGAUCAAAUUGCCGGUGCAUUUGAACGUGAUGGCGUUCGAGUUAGUGUGGUUGAUAAUAAUGGCUUGAUUGGAUUAGUUGAUCGUCCUUCAAAGUUUAUGAAGCCCCCCAGCUUAGAAAUGAAAUCCUCCUACGAAAGGUGGAGUGUUGCUAACGAUAUCUACGGUAAGGUAGAGUAUGAUGCUCUCAGGUUGCUACCUGGUCUCAUCAAUAUGUUGUUUCCUCCAAGUUAUGAAAUUUAUAAGGAAAAGAAAGAAAGAGAAGAGCAAAAAAGGCUUGAACGAGAAAGAGAGAUCAAGAGACAACAAGAAGAGCGUGAGAAAGAGCUUCUUGAACGUGAGAGAUCUCGCCAACUGGAAACAGAGCAGCAACAAUCUCAGGUCGACACAGCCGACGCAGAAUCAGAUGAAGAAGACUCUGAACCUAUCAUUAUUAAUAUUGGCGGUGAAGAUGUUGACAUAAGGGGAACCGGCAUAGAUCCUAGCUUUCUUCUUGCGUUACCUGAUGAUAUGCGGGAGGAAGUCUUCACUCAGCACAUCAGAGAGCGAAGAGCACAAUCAUCGGGUGACAAUGCUUCCAUGGAUGAUAUACCUUCUGAGUUUUUGGAAGCCCUACCUGAUUCAAUAAGAAGGGAAGUACAAACUGAAGAAUCCAAUUUCCGUAACUUCCUUCUUCGAGGUAAUGAUGAAGAUGAUUCUGAUCAGUUUGAUUUAUCCGAAGAAACAGACUCAGCUUCACAGUCGACCAAGAAAAAAUUUGUGUUGAAAAAACACAAAUACUACCGUACACCGUUGGUAGACAAAUUUGGGAUCUGUGCCCUGAUCAGGUUCUUGUUCCUCCCUCAGAACAAAUAUGAUAUUGACUCUCUAAAACAGGCUUUUUUACAGCUAUCUCAUAACAAGCAAACUAGAUCUGAAAUAAUGCAGAUGUUGCUGCUAGUACUGCAUGAAGCAACUCAAGAUCAAAAGGCCAUUGAAAGAAUAUUUUAUCAAUUAACAAGUCGCAGCAACUCUGCUGCCCAAAAAAUUCUUUUGAAAGAGGAACCAAUUUCCGAUGGUGGCAUUGACUCUAAGGAGUUAGCAUUGCAACAAUUUCCUAUAAGUUGCACUCCCCUGAUACUCUCAACUCAAGCACUCGAAAUUAUCAACUACCUGUUAAACGCUGAUGUGGAAUUCAGGUACUAUUUUUUGACUCUUCAUGAUCAUCAGCAGUUGUUGAAGAAAUUCAACAAGAAACAAAAACUAAAAGAAAAAGAUUCUUACCAAAAGGGUCCAAACUAUCCAAUCAACAGCCUGUUGUCCCUCUUGGAUCGGAAUAUCUUCCUGGGGGAUAGCUUUGUAUUGAAACAACUUUGCUAUGCUGUACAUAUUGCAACCAAACCUUUGGGAAAAUUCAAAAAGCUUCAAGAAAAAAAAUUGAAGGAUGGGGAAACAGUUAAACCGGACGUUCAAUUUCCGUUUGUAUCUGACGAAAAUCUGAAGAAACUUGUAUCCAUUUUGGUUACAGAUGACUGUACUUCUUCUGUAUUUAGGAAAGUGGUUGGAGGUUUACAAAAUUUAUCUAUUCUCGAAGAAAAAAGAUCGAUUCUUGCACAAGAGAUUUCGGAGAAUGCUACCAAUCUAGGAAAGCAGUUGGUUGUCGAUUUAGAACAACUUUCUUCAAGAAUCAAGAAUGCGGAUGAAAAUGUUGAUGAACUUUCUUCUGAAACAUUGGAGAAAUUCACUACGGCCAGCUCCAAACAAGCAAAACUUUUGCGUGUAUUGACAGCGCUUGAUUAUCUAUUUUAUACCAAAAAAUCGGCCGAUGCUAGUGAAUCUGAAAUUGAAGCACUAACAAACCUUUACAAAAGUUUGGCUUUGGGACCAUUAUGGGGUGGAUUAAGCGAGUGCUUGGUAACUCUUCGUGAUAAGAAAACCCUGCAAUAUAUUGCUACAAUCUUAUCUCCAUUGAUUGAAUCUUUGAUGGUUGUAUGUAAGCACAGCAAGGUAAAGGAACUACCUAUACGAGAAGUUUUGAAGUAUGAACAGAAAAAGAAUGAUUUUGUUAACGAGCCGAUCGAAAGUUUGUUUUUCACUUUCACUGACGAACAUAAAAAGAUAUUAAACCAAAUGGUACGUGUCAAUCCCAAACUAAUGAGUGGGCCCUUUUCUAUGUUGGUAAGAAAUCCUCGGGUAUUGGAGUUUGACUGUAAGAAAAACUACUUUGAUCAACGGUUGCACGAGGGAAAUGAAAAGAGACCAAAACUCUCUAUUUCUGUUAGCCGUGAGCAAGUGUUUUUGGAUUCAUACAGAGCACUAUUCUUCAAAAAAGUUGAUGAAAUUAAAAACUCAAAACUGGAGAUUUCUUUCAAAGGUGAAGCUGGUGUAGAUGCUGGUGGUGUGACUCGUGAAUGGUAUCAGGUUUUAUCCAGGCAAAUGUUUAAUCCAGAUUACGCACUUUUCAUACCGGUUGCGUCUGACAAAACCACAUUCCACCCCAACCGAACAUCUUACAUCAAUCCGGAGCAUUUGUCAUUCUUCAAGUUCAUCGGACGUAUAAUUGGGAAGGCCGUCUAUGAUAAUUGUUUUUUGGAUUGCCAUUUUAGCAGAGCUGUCUACAAAAGAAUUUUGGGUAGACAGGUCACGCUGAAGGACAUGGAGACACUUGAUUUGGACUACUACAAAUCUCUUGUCUGGAUCUUAGAAAAUGACAUCACGGAUAUCAUAGAUGAGACAUUUUCUGUGGAAUCAGAUGAUUACGGCGUGCACACAAUAGUUGAUUUGAAACCGAAUGGCAGAAAUAUUCUUGUAACAGAAGAAAACAAACAAGAGUAUGUUCGCUUGAUUACAGAAUACAGGCUGCAGACUUCAGUCAAGGAACAAAUGAACAACUUCCUGAUAGGAUUCCAUGAAAUCAUCCCCAAAGACUUGGUGGCAAUAUUCGGUGAUCAGGAGCUGGAGCUACUCAUUAGUGGACUUCCUGACAUUGACGUCGAUGAUUGGAAGGCUAACGCAGUGUACGAGAAUUAUUCUCCAUCCUCUAUUCAGAUUCAAUGGUUCUGGAGAGCUGUUAGGUCUUUUGACGUCGAGGAAAGGGCCAAGUUGCUACAGUUUGCUACAGGUACAAGUAAGGUUCCGUUAGGAGGAUUCAAAGAACUUACUGGUGUUGAUGGCGUUUCGAAGUUCAGUAUUCAUAGAGAUUACGGGUCCACAGACCGGUUACCAUCGUCCCACACCUGCUUUAACCAGAUAGAUUUACCAGAGUAUGAGUCUUAUGAAACACUUCGUGGCUCCUUGUUGUUGGCAGUAACUGAAGGUCAUGAAGGGUUUGGACUGGUGUGA